UCUUAGAAAGGGAGAGGAAUUUGCCUGCAGCCACCCAGGGAGUUCUCGCGAGCCCGUUCGGAAACUGCGACGUCUUAGCCCAGGCACUUUCUUCAGCCCCCAUCCCGCUGCCCAUUUCUGGGGGUUUCUCUCGGAUUCCCGGAUUCCUGGCCUGUUUCUCCUUCUUUUGUCCCCUGGGCCUUCACCCCUUUAAACGAGGAGAAACAAACCUAAGUCUCUAAGCAGGUGGCGGCAGCAGAAGCGAUCUGGUCGCGUCACUCCUCUGCUCCAAAACCUUCGCUAACUCCCUAGUAGAUCCCCAUUGCCUGGCAUUCGAUGCCUCCCACGCUGUUUCCAGUUUUAUCGCCUAUAAAAUCGAGCCAGGCCAGACUAUUUGGGUCCCUAAAUCCCCCCCAAAGUGCCUCCGUGUUUUGGCUUCCCAGCCCUUCUUCUUCUCCAGCCGCAACGUUAAAGCCCCACCCAAAUUUCACUCCCUUCCUGAUGCCCCGUUAGUGAGGAAGGGCCCUCUCGCCUCGGGUUCCCGAAACAGAGAUCUUAGGGUGAGACGGACUCCAUGAUAGAUCGAGGGUUAGGAUGGUAUGGGUUCGAAUCCUAUCCUUCUUAGAUGUAAACAAUUCAAACGGAUGGCAGUUACUGGGCGUAAAGAAAUGAGCACAGCCUGAAAGCACGAGUGUAACAAUCUGCAUCAUGCCUUGGGUAUGGGCAGAGGGCAGGAAAGAAGCUAAAUCGCAAAAUGUACAAAUGGGGAGCAGUCCCCCUUGCCUACCCCUCCAAGUUCUCCCAGAAUGCAGGACAGCUGCAACAUUGCCCCGCUCACCCCUUCUCAGUCCCCGAGGAGUGAGGCUCGAGCCCCUCGACCUGCUCCAUUCUCUGUGGUGGUAGCCAUUGAUUUUGGCACAACCUCCAGUGGCUAUGCCUUCAGUUUCACCAACGACCCUGAGUCCAUUCACAUGAUGAGGAAGUGGGAGGGCGGAGAUCCCGGUGUGGCCCACCAGAAGACACCCACCAGCCUGCUGCUGACCCCAGAGGGCAACUUCCACAGCUUUGGCUACACAGCCAGGGACUACUACCAUGACUUGGACCCAGAGGAGGCUCGAGACUGGCUCUACUUUGAGAAGUUCAAGAUGAAAAUCCACAGUGCUAGCGACCUCACCAUGAAGACUGAGCUAGAGGCUGUGAAUGGCAAGAAGAUGCCUGCCCUGGACGUGUUUGCCCACGCUCUGCGGUUCUUCAAGAAGCAUGCUGUACAGGAGCUCAGAGAGCAGUGCCCGUCCCUGCCAGAAAGGAAUGCCAUCCGCUGGGUGCUCACCGUCCCUGCCAUCUGGAAGCAACCCGCCAAGCAGUUCAUGAGGGAAGCUGCCUAUCUGGCGGGCUUGGUGUCCCCGGAGGAUCCCGAGCAGCUCCUCAUAGCACUAGAGCCCGAAGCGGCUUCCAUCUACUGCCGGAAACUCCGUCUCCACCAGCUCAUUGACCUGAGCUGCCGGCCGGUGUCCAACGGCUUCCUGGGCGAGCGGCGCUCUAUCGACUCCAGCUUCCGACAAGCCAGGGAACAACUCCGAAGAUCUCGACACAGCCGAACCUUCCUGGUGGAGUCGGGCGUUGGAGAACUGUGGGCAGAGAUGCAGGCAGGUGACCGCUACAUCGUGGCAGACUGCGGGGGCGGCACCGUGGACCUGACCGUGCACCAGAUCGAGCAGCCCUUGGGGACCCUCAAGGAGCUCUACAAGGCCUCAGGGGGCCCGUACGGCGCAGUGGGGGUGGACCUGGCCUUUGAGCAGCUUCUGGGCAGAAUCUUCAGCGACGACUUCAUCGCCACCUUCAAAACCAAGCGCCCGGCGGCGUGGGUGGACCUGACCAUCGCCUUCGAAGCCCGGAAGCGGACAGCCGGGCCCCACCGAGCCAGCCCCCUCAACAUCUCCCUGCCCUUCUCCUUCAUCGACUUCUACCGCAAACAGCGGGGGCACAACGUGGAGACGGCCCUGCGCAAGAGCAGCGUGAACUUCGUGAAGUGGUCCUCCCAGGGGAUGCUGAGGAUGUCCUGCGAAGCCAUGAACGAACUCUUCCAGCCCACCGUGAGCCAGAUCAUCAGGCACAUUGAUGAGCUGCUGGCCCGCCCGGAGGUGCAGGGGGUGAAGUUUCUGUUCCUCGUGGGGGGCUUCGCGGAGUCGGCCGUGCUGCAGCACGCGGUGCAGGAGGCCUUUGGCGGCCGAGGCCUCCGGGUCAUCAUCCCUCAGGACGUGGGUCUGACCAUCCUGAAGGGCGCCGUGCUGUUCGGCCUGGACCCCGGCGUGGUCCGAGUGCGCCGCUCCCCGCUCACCUACGGCGUCGGGGUCCUCAACAAGUUCGUGGCCGGCCGCCACCCCCCCGAGAAGCUGCUGGUCAAGGACGGCAAGAGCUGGUGCACCGACGUCUUCGAGCGAUUCGUGGCGGCCGACCAGUCGGUGGCCCUGGGGGAGGUGGUCCAGCGUAGCUACUGCCCGGCGCGGCCCGGCCAGCACCGCAUCCUCAUUAACAUUUACUGCUGUGCGGCCGAGGACGUGCGCUACAUCACGGACCCCGGCGUGCGCAAGUGCGGGGCCAUCAGCCUCGAGCUGGCGCCCACCGCUCCGGGGGCCGCUCCCGCCCGCCGCGAGAUCCGGGCCUCCAUGCAGUUCGGCGACACCGAGAUCAAGGUCACCGCUGUGGACGUCAGCACCUCCCGGACUGUGCGAGCCUCCAUUGACUUCCUCUCCAACUGAGGGCCCGGGCUGUGGCUCCCUCCCCAUCUCUCCCCCAGGCUCCAGGCUCCGCAUUUGCCCUCCUUUCCCUCGGACCCUCCUCUGUCCAGCCCAUCCUUCCAUUCCCUCCUCAGACUCCCUCAUUCCACGGCCCGGGGCACCGGGAGAGCCACCUUCCUCGGUUGGGUUCCUCUGCCACCUCUCGCUGGGCUGACCCCGCUCCCCCUCCCUCCCUCUUCAGGGAGGCCCGCCCCACGCUGACCGCCAAGCGGGUUAGGGUCAGGCGGGGGAGGGGGCCAGGGCUCAGCCAGAACGGCACUGGCUUCUCCUGCUGCCCAUGGAAAAGGGGUGGACGAGAGCCGCCUUCUCCCCACCACGCUCGCAGAAGCUAGAAGGGGGCGUCUAGUCCACCGGAACUACAGGCCGAGCCCCAGGCCUGGGGGUCACCCGGGGCAGAUUCCAGCCCUUCUCCCACUCCACCCUCCCCUAAGCACCUCCGUCCCACUAGUGGGGGAUGGGUGCGGGUAAAAUCGGACUCCCUCUAGAGCCUGGAGCCUGGGCCAAGGAGACAGUCUGCACUCCAGCCCUGGGCGGACAAAGGACUCCUCGGAGCACGUCUCUUCCUACCUUCCCCGACUCAUCAGGCCGAACCCCCAGCCGAGGGCCUCCCCCCAAGCUGGCGACAGAAGCCAGAAGGACCAACGGAGGCAGGCCAAGGACACCAAAAGGGGCCGAGGAUGUGGAGACCAAUAAGGGCCUCCUCGGGGGUCUGAAGGGCACCCGUUCUCCGAGGGGGGUGUCUGGACACGGUGGGAGACGGCAGCAACAAGCGGGGAAGGGAGUCACGCUCGGGUCUCACUAGCGGGGACGUGGCUGGUGAGGGCCGUGUUGUCAGGCUAGCGCGUUACUGGCAGGGGCAGAACGAGUCAAGUUACUCGCAGGGUAACCACCGAGAAUCCCUCGUGAGGACGAUUCCGGCCACACGAUCCAUACAGGAAAAGCGAAGUGGUCGACGCGCGUACCACGAGUGGGCCUCGGAGCCUCCUCAAGAUGGACAAGCAGCUGGGAUGGCUGUUUUGGAAUCGUCUUUCCACCAUCUCGGCACAGACUCGACGUCUGGAGACUCCGGAGAAGGACGAGCCCUGGGCGACACCAGGCGGAGGCCGCGAGUAGGCUGCGUGCGCCAUUUUGCAACGAAGACCUCCCGGAUGACCUCCUGCCAAGACUUCGUUUGGGGAUGUUUAUGAAGGGGGUGUACCACCGGGCAGUCACAGGGCCUGAAGGAAGGACAGCGGAUGGACCCGGUCACCGCUGAACGUCCAGACACAAAUGCUUCCUCCCACGUUGGCUGGACCUUUGGCCAACCCAUGGCAAGACACGGAAGAUCCCACAGGGUGAAGUCAUGGAUGGACUGGGAGUGCAACAAUCCAGGAACUGCUACACGACGGGAUCCCAGCUCCACCAGUGGCCAGAGGAAUCAUCAGAGCGGUUGGGUUAUUGGCAGGGGUAGCAAUACUAGCAGGGAGACCGUAGUGUAGAGACGAGGCCAUCCUGGGUCCCCUUUCAGAGAGGGGCAAUGUUACUAACCCAGUCACUUAACUGGGCCUCAGGGAGAAGCGGGUCACUCGAGCCUCGGAGGGACUGGUCAUCCCCUCCAUGAAUCGCCCAAACCCUACAGCCCUUGGGGCUACAACCUUCUGGGGUCCAACAGAUCCCCUCCCCUGCCAGAGGAAGGAGGCCAUUCUCUGGGGAGGGGGCUCCGAGUUUGCUGUCGGAGAAAGCCUGUCUCAAUAAAGCUUUUAUGCCUAA